AUGGAUCAAGGUUUUGAUCCUUCUAUAGAUAUGCCUACUGUGAAUGUUCAAGAUAGCGCCGAUGAGUUCCUCCUGAUUUCACUUCAAGAUCUGCCAAUUUCAGACGAACCAGUGACCGCCUUUGGUGAUGGCAUCUUUAGAUUCUCGAGAUCGGGUGUAUUUGAUGAUCACGAAUGGCCUGCUGUUCUUCUUAAAAAGACGAGAGAAGAGCCUCAUCUGAGAUAUGAUUUUUCCAGAAUCAACCUAGGAUCCCUUGGUGCUGAAGGCGGACGUGUCUUUGAGCGACGGGUGUAUGGCCAUUAUGUCUUUGCCAAUUACAUCAGGUAUGACCCCGUUGAUGGCAAAGAGCCUUCUUCAGAUGAUUCGGGUGAAUAUUUCAAUGCCGAGAGUGAGAGGUCGGAGAAUGAAGAAGAGGAAGAGGAGCUUUCAGAUGAACCUGUGGAAGACGAGAGUCAGGAUGAAGAGGAACAAGAUUCGGAGAAUGAAGAAGAGGAACCAGUCAAUGAAGUGGAGCUUUCAGAGGAAACUGUGGAAGACGAGAGUCAGGGUGACGAGGAACAAGGUUCGGAGAAUGAAAAAGAUGAUCCAGUCACUGAAGAGGAGCUUUCAGAUGAACCUGUGGAAGACGAGAGUCAGGGUGAAGAGGAACAAGAUUCGGAGAAUGAAGAAGAGGAUCCAGUUAAUGAAGAGGAGCUUUCAGAUGAAACUGUGGAAGACGAGAGUCAGGGUGACGGGAACAAGGUUCGGAGAAUGAAGAAGAGAAUCCAGUUAAUGAAGAGGAGCUUUCAGAUGAACCUGUGGAAGACGAGAGUCGGGGUGACGAGGAACAAGGGUGACAAGGAACAAGGUUCAGAGAAUGAAGAAGAGGAUCCAGUCAUCAAUGAAGAGGAGCUUUCAGAUAAACCUGUGGAAGACGAGAGUCAGGGUGAAGAGGAACAAGAUUCGGAGAAUGAAGAAGAGGGUCCAGUCAAUGAAGAGGACCUUUCAGAUGAAAUUGUGGAAGACGAGAGUCAGGGUGACGAGGAACAAGGUUCAGAGAAUGAAGAAGAGGAUCCAGUCACUAAAGAGGAGCUUUCAGAUGAACCUGUGGAAGAUGAGAGUCAGGGUGAAGAUGAACAAGGUUCGGAGAACGAAGAAGAGGAUCAAGACCUUUCAGAUGAAGCUGUGGAAGACGAGAGUCAGGGUGACGAGGAACAAGGUUUGGAGAAUGAAGAAGAGGAUCCAGUCACUGAAGAGGAGCUUUCAGAUGAACCUGUCGAAGACGAUAGUAAGGAUGAAGAGGAACAAGAUUCGGAGAAUGAAGAAGAGGAUCCAGUCAAUGAAGAGGAGCUUUUAGAUGAACCUUUGGAAGACGAGAGUCAGGGUGAAGAGGAACAAGGUUCGGAGAAUGAAAAAGAGGAUCCAGUCAAUGAAAAAGAGUUUUCAGAUGAACCUGUGGAAGACGAGAGUCAGGGUGAAGAGGAACAAGGUUCGGAGAAUGAAGAAGAGGAUCCAGUCACUAAAGAGGAGCUUUCAGAUGAACCUGUGGAAGACAGGAGUCAGGGUGAAGAGAAACAAGGUUCGGAAAAUGAAGAAGAUCAUACAGUCAAUGAAGAGAAGCUUUCAGAUGAAACUGUGGAAGACGAGAGUCAGGGUGACGAGGAACAAGGUUCGGAGAAUGAAGAAGAGGAUCCAGUCACUGAAGAGGAGCUUUCAGAUGAAUCUGUGGAAGACGAGAGUCAGUUUGAAGAGGAACAAGACGAGAGUCAGGGUGACGAGGAACAAGGUUCGAAGAAUGAAGAAGAGGGUCCAGUCAAUGAAGAGGAGCUUUCAGAUGAAACUGUGGAAGACGAGAGUCAGGGUGACGAGGAACAAGGUUCGGAAAAUGAAGAAGAAGAUCCAGUCACUCAAGAGAAGCUUUCAGAUGAAACUGUGGAAGACGAGAGUCUGGGUGACGAGGAACAAGGUUCGGAGAAUGAAGAAGAGGAUCCAGUUAAUGAAGAGGAGCUUUCAGAUGAAACUGUGGAAGACGAGAGAGUCAGGGUGACGAGGAACAAGGGUGACAAGGAACAAGGUUCGGAGAAUGAAGAAGAGGAUCCAGUCAUCAAUGAAGAGGAGCUUUCAGAUAAACCUGUGGAAGACGAGAGUCAGGGUGAAGAGGAACAAGAUUCGGAGAAUGAAGAAGAGGGUCCAGUCAAUGAAGAGGAGCUUUCAGAUGAACCUGUGGAAGACGAGAGUCAGGGUGACGAGGAACAAGGUUCGGAGAAUAAAGAAGAGGACCCAGUCAAUGAAGAGGAGUUUUCAGAUGAAACUGUGGAAUACGAGAGUCAGGGUGACAAGGAACAAGGUUCAGAGAAUGAAGAAGAGGAUCCAGUCAUCAAUGAAGAGGAGCUUUCAGAUAAACCUGUGGAAGACGAGAGUCAGGGUGAAGAGGAACAAGAUUCGGAGAAUGAAGAUGAGGGUCCAGUCAAUGAAGAGGACCUUUCAGAUGAAAUUGUGGAAGACGAGAGUCAAGGUGACGAGGAACAAGGUUCAGAGAAUGAAGAAGAGGAUCCAGUCACUAAAGAGGAGCUUUCAGAUGAACCUGUGGAAGAUGAGAGUCAGGGUGAAGAUGAACAAGGUUCGGAGAACGAAGAAGAGGAUCAAGACCUUUCAGAUGAAGCUGUGGAAGACGAGAGUCAGGGUGACGAGGAACAAGGUUCGGAGAAUGAAGAAGAGGAUCCAGUCACUGAAGAGGAGCUUUCAGAUGAACCUGUCGAAGACGAUAGUAAGGAUGAAGAGGAACAAGAUUCGGAGAAUGAAGAAGAGGAUCCAGUCAAUGAAGAAGAGCUUUUAGAUGAACCUUUGGAAGACGAGAGUCAGGGUGAAGAGGAACAAGGUUCGGAGAAUGAAAAAGAGGAUCCAGUCAAUGAAAAGGAGUUUUCAGAUGAACCUGUGGAAGACGAGAGUCAGGGUGAAGAGGAACAAGGUUCGGAGAAUGAAGAAGAGGAUCCAGUCACUAAAGAGGAGCUUUCAGAUGAACCUGUGGAAGACGAGAGUCAGUGUGAAGAGAAACAAGGUUCGGAAAAUGAAGAAGAUCAUACAGUCAAUGAAGAGAAGCUUUCAGAUGAAACUGUGGAAGACGAGAGUCAGGGUGACGAGGAACAAGGUUCGGAGAAUGAAGAAGAGGGUCCAGUCAAUGAAGAGGACCUUUCAGAUGAAACUGUGGAAGACGAGAGUCAGGGUGACGAGGAACAAGGUUCGGAGAAUGAAGAAGAGGAUCUAGUCACUGAAGAGGAGCUUUCAGAUGAAACUGUGGAAUACGAGAGUCAUGGUGACGAGGAACAAGGUUCGGAGAAUGAAGAAGAGGAUCCAGUCACUGAAGAGGAGCUUUCAGAUGAACAUGUGGAAAACGAGAGUCAGGGUGAAGAUGAACAAGGUUCGGAGAAUGAAGAAGAGGAUCCAGUCACUGAAUUGGAGCUUUCAGAUGAACCUGUGGAAAACGAGAGUCAGGGUGAAGAGGAACAAGGUUCGGAGAAUGAAGAAGAGGAUCCAGUCACUGAAGAGGAGCUUUCAGAUGAAGCUGUGGAAGACGAUAGUCAGGGUGACGAGGAACAAGGUUGGGAGAAUGAAGAAGAGGAUCCAGUCACUGAAGAGGAGCUUUCAGAUGAACAUGUCGAUGACGAUAGUCAGGGUGAAGAGGAACAAGAUUCGGAGAAUGAAGAAGAGGAUCCAGUCAAUGAAGAAGAGCAUUCAGAUGAACCUAUGGAAGACGAGAGUCAGGGUGACGAGGAACAAGAUGAACAAGAUUCGGAGAAUGAAGAAGAGGAUCCAGUCAAUGAAGAGGAGCUUUCAGAUGAACCUGUGGAAGACGAGAGUCAGGGUGAAGAGGAACAACGUUCGGAGAAUGAAGAAGAGGAGCCAGUCAAUGAAAAGGAGCUUUCAGAUGAAACUGUGGAAGACGAGAGUCAGGGUGACGAGGAUCAAGGUUCGGAGAAUGAAGAAGAGGAUCCAGUCAAUGAAGAGGAUCCAGUCAAUGAAGAGGAUCUUUCAGAUGAAACUGUGGAUGACAAGAAUCAGGGUGAGGAGGAACAAGAUGAACCUGUGGAAGACGAGAGUCAGGGUGAAGAGGAACAAGAUUCGGUGAAUGAAAAAGAGGAUCCAGUCAAUGAAGAGGAGUUUUCAGAUGAAACUGUGGAAGACGAGAGUCAGGGUGACGAGGAACAAGGUUCGGAGAAUGAAGAAGAGGAUCCAGUCACUGAAGAGGAGCUUUCAGAUGAACCUGUGGAAGACGAGAGUCAGGGUGAAGAGGAACAAGAGGAUCCAGUCACUAAAGAGGAGCUUUCAGAUGAACCUGUGGAAGAUGAGAGUCUGGGUGAAGAGGAACAAGAUUCAGAGAAUGAAGAAGAGGAUCCAGUCAAUGAAGAGGAGUUUUCAGAUGAAACUGUGGAAGACGAGAGUCAGGGUGACGAGGAACAAGGUUCGGAGAAUGAAGAAGAGGAUCCAGUCACUGAAGAGGAGCUUUCAGAUGAACCUGUGGAAGACGAGAGUCAGGGUGAAAAGGAACAAGGUUCGGAGUAUGAAGAAGAGGAUCCAGUCAAUGAAGAUGAUCUUUCAGAUAAAACUGUGGAAGACGAGAGUCAGGGUGACGAGGAACAAGGUUCGGAGAAUGAAGAAGAGGAUUCAAUCAAUGAAGAGGAAUUUUCAGAUGAAACUGUGGAAGACGAGAGUCAGGGUGACGAGGAACAAGGUUCGGAGAAUGAAGAAGAGGAUCCAGUCAAUGAAGAGGAGCUUUCAGAUGAACCUGUGGAAGACGAGAGUCAGGGUGACAAGGAAAAAGAUUCGGAGAAUGAAGAAGAGGACGAGAGUCAGGGUGACGAGGAACAAUGUUCAGAGAAUGAAGAAGAGGGUCCAGUCAAUGAAGAGGAGCUUUCAGAUGAAACUGUGGAAGACGAUAGUCUGGGUGACGAAGAACGAGGUUCGGAGAAUGAAGAAGAGGAUCCAGUCAAUGAAGAGGAGCUUUCAGAUGAAACUGUGGAAGACGAGAGUCAGGGUGACGAGGAACAAGGUUCUGAGAAUGAAGAAGAUGAUCCAGUCACUGAAGAGGAGCUUUCAGAUGAAUCUGUGGAAGACGAAAGUCAGGGUGAAGAUGAAUAA